AUGAAUGGCCCCGCUAUGGAGGAAGUGCCGGUUUCUCGAAUCCACGCGCGGCGCAGAAAGAGGCGCUUGGCCAGGACGCCACUUGCGGGGAUUCCUUGCGAGGAUGAGUUCGAGUGCAAAGAGCUCGAGAGCCUUUUUCAGAAGUACAACCUGAAACUCGAGCAGACCGCGACGCUGAAAGCGCUGGCCGUGCUCAUCCUCGCUGCGUCCGCGCUCGCGCUGGUCGAGCUGCUGUCCGCUGGCUCGCGCUUCACCGUCUCCAAGGGCUCGCACCCGGUGCACUGCGUCAUCUUCACCUCGCUCUUCAUCGUCACCAACGUCAAGUACCUGCAGGUGACGCAGCUGCAGCAGAUCGCCAGGCUCGCGCUGCUCUUCAGCUUCACGUUCGCGCUGCUCUGCUGCCCGUUUCCGCUCGCUCUCGGGCCUGGGACGCAGCAAGGCGCGCGCGGCGGCGGCGCACACGGACCCGACACGGCCCGAGUCGCACCUGAGCAAGGUGUCUGGCAGCUCAUGCUCGUCACAUUCGUCGCUUACUCCCUGCUGCCGGUGCGGACUGUCUUAGCCGUCGUGUUCGGCGUCCUGGUCGCCGCGUCCCAUUUUAUCGUGACCGCCACGUCUCUAACUGCCCUCAGACCGCGCGUCUGGAGUCCGCUGGUGGCAAACGCAGUGCUGCUGAUUGGUGUGAACCUGUCGGGGGUAUUUGUUCGAGUCCAUACCGAGCGUGCCCAGAGGAAGGCCUUUCUGCAAGCUAGGAGCUGCAUCCAGGAACGCCUGCAGCUGGAGGACGAAAAUGAAAAACAGGAACGCCUCCUAAUGAGUCUGCUACCCAGAAAUGUUGCCAUGGAGAUGAAGGAGGACUUCCUCAAACCACCAGAAAGAAUUUUCCAUAAGAUCUACAUCCAGCGUCAUGACAAUGUGAGUAUCCUGUUUGCAGACAUUGUCGGGUUCACCAGUUUGGCUUCUCAAUGCACAGCUCAGGAGCUGGUCAAAUUGUUGAAUGAACUCUUCGGAAAGUUUGACGAGCUCGCCACAGAGAACCACUGCAGGAGGAUAAAGAUCCUGGGGGACUGUUAUUACUGUGUGUCGGGUCUGACCCAGCCCAAAGCUGACCAUGCCCACUGCUGUGUGGAAAUGGGACUCGACAUGAUUGACACCAUCACGUCUGUUGCAGAGGCAACGGAGGUGGAUCUGAACAUGCGUGUAGGAUUGCACACAGGUCGUGUGCUGUGUGGGGUUCUGGGAUUGAGGAAAUGGCAGUAUGAUGUUUGGUCAAAUGAUGUCACGCUGGCAAACAUGAUGGAGGCAGGAGGACUUCCGGGUAAGGUUCAUAUCACCAGAGCCACGCUGGAAUGUCUGAACGGAGAUUACGAGGUGGAGCCAGGCUAUGGGCAUGAGAGGCACGCCUUCCUCAGCAAACACGCCAUCGAGACCUUUUUUAUCGUCCCCUCUCACAGACGCAAGAUUUUUCCUGGCUUGAUUCUGUCUGAUAUAAAGCCAGCAAAGAAGAUGAAGUUUAAGACGGUUUGCUACCUUCUCGUGCAGCUCAUGCACUGCAGGAAAAUGUUCAAAGCCGAGAUUCCUUUCUCCAACGUCAUGACCUGCGAGGACGACGAUAAGAGGCGAGCUCUACGCACAGCAUCAGAGAAGCUACGCAAUCGCACAUCCUUCUCAGGAGUAGCACAUAACUCACCUGGGACACGCGUGAACCGCUACAUUGGAAGACUGAUUGAAGCUCGGCAAACCGAAUCAGAAACAGCAGAUCUCAAUUACAUCACUCUGACCUACAGGAGCAGAGAAAGAGAGAGAACGUAUCAGCAGGUGUAUGAUGAUGGCUUUAUCAGUGCUGUGGUGAUCUCUCUCCUCCUUACUUCACUCUUCGCUCUCGUCUAUUUUCUGAUUAUCCCUCAAGGUCUGGUUAUUGUUAUUUUGCUGGUUAUUUGUAUCUGUUUUCAUAUGGUGAGCGUCAUGUACCUUCACAUCACUCACAUGCAGUGCUCUCCGGACUGUCUUACUCUGCAGAUCAGGACGGGUCUGUGUGGUUUUCUGGUCCUUUUGACGUAUUCUGUGACCCAGGGCUGUGUGGUGGCGUGCAUGCCGUGGUCAUGGGAGGGCAACUCCAGCGUCUCCAUUAUAACGGUUAUCAUAGUGAACAGCACGAGCGUGGGCACAGGUGUGUGUAAAUACACUCCGUACGUGUUCUUAUCUUGCGUGAUGGCAUCGCUGUCUGUGGCUCUAUACCUGCGCGUGUCAUCACUACCCAAAAUUCUCUUGCUUCUCCUUCUCAACGUCCUCCAUACCGUUGUCAUGGAGACCAGCGGCUAUCGGCAGGCUGUGGGAGGAGGGUUCUUUCACACACAUGGGUACGAUCCUGUUCUGGCAAUGCUCCUCUUCUCUGGUGCAAUGAUACUCCACUGCAGACAGCAGGACCUCAAACUCAGACUCGACUACCUGUGGGCCUCACAGGCUGAAGAGGAUAGAGAUGACAUGGAAAAAGUGAAACUGGACAAUAAGAGGAUUCUGUUUAACCUGCUCCCUGCCCAUGUGGCCCAGCACUUUCUCCUGUCCAACCCACGCAACAUGGACCUGUACUAUCAGUCCUACUCUCAGGUUGGUGUCCUGUUCGCCUCCAUCCCGAACUUCAACGACUUCUAUAUUGAGCUGGAUGGAAACAACAUGGGUGUAGAGUGUUUACGGCUCCUCAACGAGAUCAUUGCAGACUUUGAUGCACUGCUGGAUAAGGAGUGCUAUAAGGACAUUGAAAAGAUUAAAACUAUAGGAAGCACUUACAUGGCAGCAGUGGGCCUUGUUCCUACCACUGGCUCUAAGGCCAAGAAGUCCAUUUCUGAACAUUUAUGCACAGUGGCCGAUUUCGCCAUAGAGAUGUUCAGAGUUCUAGAUGCGAUAAACUACCAGUCAUACAACGACUUUGUGCUUCGAGUGGGUAUUAAUGUAGGUCCAGUGGUUGCAGGAGUUAUUGGUGCUCGUAGGCCUCAGUAUGACAUCUGGGGAAACACAGUGAAUGUGGCCAGCAGGAUGGACAGCACUGGAGUACAAGGCAAAAUUCAGGUGACCGAAGAUGUCUUCCGCCUCCUCUCUGGCCAUUACCGCUUCCUAUGCCGUGGUCAGGUCAGCGUGAAAGGCAAAGGUCAAAUGCUCACCUACUUCCUCGAGAGCUGGUCUCAUGAAGGCCCUCUCCAAUCCUGCUCCAAAAGCCUGGAGCACCAGGAAAGCCCGUGUAUCCAGACCAAGUUGAGCCACGCCCCCGCUGCAAGCAGUUACGGGGUCAAGGCACAGAAUGUUGGCCCUGGUCCCACCUCCUCCAACAACAGCAUCCUCUACCUGCCCUCCAUCUCUGUCGACGUGGAGAUGGAGGUGUGA